AUGCACAAACUUCAAAUUGACAAGCAAAAUCAGCUUUCUGCUUUUAAGCCUUGCCAAAUAUACACAGAUUCUGCAAAAGAGAGGCCUACCUCUGUUCCAUCAUCAAUUACAGUUCAAGUUGCUCAAAAAGAAGAAUGGACUGUAUUUAUUGAUGAAAAGUUAACAGAUCUUUUUGAAAAAGACCAAACACCGAAGUUCAGCAUUGUUGAUCAGAGAUUUGUUUAUUCGUUAGCAAUCUAUUCCACUCCUUCUUCAAUUUUAAGUUACAUUAACGAAAAACUCACAAGCUAUAUGCCGAAGAUAAUGGAAAAAUUCGGUUCCAGCAAGGAUACCAAUAGUUUUAUCGCUCUUAUCAAGAAUAUCCAGUUGAAAUUUUCAUAUUUACAAUUCACGUUUUCUUCAUUAUUACCAAAUCAAGAGAGUUUUUACAAUAUCCUUAUUAAUGGUCUCAUCUUUGGUGAAACAGAAAUCAAAUUCUUUGUUGGUUUCAUCACAGGAAUUCUUGAAAAACUUUUCAAGGAUUCCAAUGAAGAAGAUAUCCGAGCACUUAUCACAUACAUGAAAGAUACAAAACUAUUAGAAGUCCAUGGCGAAAAAAUCUUUACAGAUAUCUUUACAAAAUUAAGUAAAGAACUGAGCGCUGUCGAAAUCUACCAAGCAUUUAGGAUUCUUUACACAGUUGCUGGCAAUGAUAUCGAAACAAUGGUCCUUUAUAAUAUUGCUUCGAUGUUUGCAAAAGAUUUUGUUGCAAAUAUCUCAUCCCAACCAGAUCUCAUCAACGCGGACCCUGUUAACACCAAUAUCCUGGCCAUUAUAUUCAAGAGCCUUUCAACGAUCAGCGAAUCCUACCGAAAAUUCACUGAUUUCAUCACUAAAAAUUCAAAAGAUGCGUUGAAAGAUGACAAACUCUUCGAGAACUUCAUCAAAUUCCAAUCCCAGUUGUUAUCUCUUGAACAUAUUGGCCAAGUUGGUCGCAAUAACCUCACAAGAGUCCUUGAAAGACAAAUUGGAGCCACAUCUGAACAAGUUACACGUCUUUUAGCAUCUGAAGUAUCAAGGAUUGCUGAUAUUGGACCUUCCGCAGUUACUGAUGAUGCCAUUGAAGCAAUAUCUAAUGCUUUUGCUUGGAUGGGAAAUACAAAAUUGUUUGAAGAGCUUUAUAUCGCAGAUCUCGUUAAAAGAUUGAUCGAAAACAAAGAUAUACAGGCUGAUUGCUUACUUGCACAACGUAUUGAGUCAUUAGUUCCUGAAUUAGCAACAAAAAUAAUUUAUAUCCUCGAAGACUUCAAACAAAAUAAGGACGCGGUUCAGGAAUUUACUAAGAAAUAUCCCGCACAGUUUAAUCUCUCAUUUUCAAUUAUUCAAUCUUAUAUUCUUAAAAAUGAACAAAAUCUUAAUGUCAAACCACCAGAAGAGGUUCUUAAAGCCAUGACAGAGUUUACAAAAUAUUAUACAGACAAAGUUAAUAAAAGAGCUUUGAAUUGGCACGCUGGACUUUCAAGAUGCAAUUUGGAGGUCAAAAACUGCGGAAGUCUUAGAAAAGUUAGAUGCGAUGGCAUUGUUGCAUCAAUAUUAACAGUUAUUGGCGAAGGAAAACAAGAAGAAGAGCUUGUAGAACUUGUCGGAUUAGAAAAACCAAAAUUAGAAGAGAUUCUUACUGCUUUAUCCAGCUCUAAGUAUGGAUCAUUGAUUACUAAAACCAAAUCCACCUACAAAGUUAAUGUAGACUGCAAACCUGAUGAAAAUGGAAUUAUUGAUAUCCCAACAAUAAGCGAGAAGACACCAACAUCACAAGUAUUUGAGAGUAAAGAGUCAUACGCUUCUAGAGAAUCUCAAAUUGAUGCUGCAAUUACAAGAGCUUUGAAAGGUGGUGGCCCAAUGACAGAAAAAGAUUUAAUUUCUGUCGUACAGAAGGAAGUUGAGUUCCCUGUUUCUGAAGAUCUUUUCCAGAGAAGACUUAAGAUUUUGAUCACACGACAAUUCCUUGAAAGAGAAGGAGCUAAAAUUGCUUAUUUACCAUAA